CUGUGCACACUCCUGUCACGGCCAGCACAGCUCCCGGCCGUAUCCCACCCCACCUGCCAUGGCAGUUUCCAGAACUCCCCCAGCCCUGGGUGGAGGCUGUCUCAGGAUCUUAACCCCCCUGCUGCUUCUGGUUUCCACAGCCACCCUUGAUGCUGCCAACACACCUGCCCCCCCAGCCUGUGGGAAGCCCCAGCGGCUAAACCGGGUCGUGGGCGGGGAGGACAGCACCGAUGCCGAGUGGCCCUGGGUCGUGAGCAUCCAGAAGAACGGGACCCACCACUGCGCAGGCUCCCUGCUCACCAGCCGCUGGGUGGUCACAGCCGCCCACUGCUUCAAGGGCAAUCUGAACAAGCCACCACAGUUCUCUGUGCUGCUGGGGGCCUGGAAGCUAGGGAACCCGGGUCUGCGAUCCCAGGAGGUGGGUGUCGCCGGGGUGCAGCCCCACCCUGUGUACUCCUGGAAGGAGGGCUCCCGGGCAGACAUUGCCCUGGUGCGCCUUGAACACCCCGUCCAGUUCUCUGAGCGAAUCCUGCCCAUCUGCCUGCCUGAUUCCUCCAUCCGUCUCCCUCGGAACACUGACUGCUGGAUUGCAGGCUGGGGGAGUGUCCAAGAUGGAGUGCCCCUGCCCCACCCACAGACUCUGCAGAAGCUGAAGGUGCCCAUCAUCGACUCAGAAAUCUGCAGCCGCCUGUACUGGCGGGGAGCUGGGCAGGGAGCCAUCACGGAGGACAUGCUGUGCGCUGGCUACCUGGAGGGGAAGCGAGAUGCCUGUCUGGGCGACUCCGGGGGCCCCCUGAUGUGCCAGGUCGACGGCACUUGGCUGCUGGCGGGCGUCAUCAGCUGGGGCGAGGGCUGUGCAGAGCGCAACCGACCCGGCGUCUACAUCAGCCUGGCUGCCCACCGCUCCUGGGUGCAGAGGAUCGUGCAGGGGGUGCAGCUCCGCGGGCACUCCCAGGGGAGCAGGCCCGCGGGGCGCCGACGACGGGCUCCAAGGGCGCUCCGCGCUCCUGGGGCCACCCAGGGCCGCCUGGGUUAGGGGUCUUGGGGUACCGGGUGACCAGGGGUACUCCAGCCGCCCGACCACGUGCCUUUUCCUCCGUUGUAAAUAAGCCAUCUACCUCUGGGGGGCGUCCGCGGGCCGGCGCCGGAUCGCCUCCGCGGGGAGGCCCCGCCCCCCCGCCCCGCCCCUGGGCUCAGGCUCCACCCCCGGCGCCGGGAGCGCCCUUGUGUAAAUACAUAUUAAUAAUUUUUACAGUUAUUUGUAACCCCGCCCACAUAUCGUAUUUAUUCCUCCAAUUUAAAUAAAUUAUUUAUUCUUCA